UAUCUUGCAAUAUGGAUGGGGAUCUGACAAACAGCUCUUUCAACAAUUCGACGGAGAGCCCGCCAUUUGAAUUCAAUGACUACACCCAGAGAGUCAUAUUGGCCGUCAUGUAUCUGAUCGUGAUUCUGCUUGGAACCGUGGGCAACAGUCUGGUCAUCCUGGCGGUGAUUUUGUCCAAGAAACUCCGUACCCCCACCAACGCCUUCAUUGUGAACCUAGGCGUAGCGGACUUGUCAACUUGUCUUGUUCUCCCAUGGACAGUCGUCUCGACACUCAGCACAAACGGCUUGCCAGUCGGUGAGUGGGUGUGCAGCGUGACUGCCGUGGUACAGGCUACAGCUUUCGGUUGUAGCACGUACACCCUGGCCUCCAUCGGACUGCAACGCCUACUGCUGAUCAAACGGCCUAUGACUAUCCAUCAAGUCAUCUACACACCGAGGAAGAUUGCCUUGUGGCUGGCAGUGGCUUGGUUUAUCCCGCUGCUUGUCACCCUCAUCCCACCACUUGCAGACGUGGGUGCGGUAGGAUACAAUAAGAAAUACCAUCUCUGUGGAUUUUUGUCUGACCAUCCCCGCUCCCGCGACUACGAUAUCAUCUUAGCUUUUGUGUUAUACCCUAUCCCUCUCAUAACCAUCAUUGUCUGUUAUGUUCUCAUCUGGAAGCAUCUCCGCAAUCACGCUAAGAAGGUGACUGUGCCUAAAUCCUCAGCCAAGUUGGUGACCACCCACACGAAUGUGGUGUCAGAAUCGAUAGCUAACAUGAAAAGCAAAGCCAAGACAUCCACAUCUACAUGUAGACAAGGAACCCUCCGCAAAUCCCAAAUGAGGCGCCGUCAGACCGAGAUUAACAAGAACAUGUUCUACAUUGUCUGUGCCUUCAUGCUGUGCCUGACUCCAUUUAUCAUCUGCCUGUUCUUUGACGACAGAAACCCAUUCCUACCCUACGCCACCGUGAUCCUAUUCUUCAACAGUUGCGUCAAUCCGCUCAUUUUUGCCACCAAACACCGCGACUUCAAGACUGUCUUCCGUUGCAUCCUGCGCCGCAAGUGGGAAGACAUCCCAGAACCCUCGGAUUCCCUGAAGACGCUGAUAUCGGUUGAAAUGCCACGAUGUGGUGGGGGCGGUGUGGUCACCUAAAAUCUUUGUAGACUUUCGCAUUUUAAAAUAUGAUUUUGUUUUUAAACCGUUAGGAUUAUAGGCCUGACUGUAUCUGUUUUCUUUUUGUGUAAUAAUUGUGCUUUCCUUAUUAUCGGUACGCCACUAGGAGGAAAUCUACUAUGGAAAAUCAUUUUAAAUUUUAACAGCUGCAACAACGGCUGAGCAGUUUGAUACUUUCAUAUCCAUGCAUCAAUUUUAACUUACUGAAGGACACCCACAAUGUGCCUGAUGUGACAUUGACUCAGAUACAUGUAAAACUAUUGAAGGUAAAGAACGUGUACAUAUGUAGACUAUUUGUAAUUUGUGAAUUUUUUUGCUCUGUGAAUGCUGUAUGUUUCAAGAAAACACAACAAACAUGCAUGUAAGCACAAUAUUCUGAAUCUCGAUUUCAAUUCUAAACUUGCUGAGUCAUAGUUUAAAUUGUGCCCUCUCGUGACACAAUCCCGAAACCAGCAUUCAGGGAAUGAUUCUCAUUCAGCCAUUUGUCAACCAUUCACCGAUUCGCCCAAUGGCAAACCAACUGCAACUUAGAACGCAUUGGGGAGGAUUUACAGAAACAUCCAAAAAUGUGUAACUUGUGUCAGUAGUUACUGUAUUGCAAACGAACUGAAAUAGUGAAGUUGAGCAAUAUUAUUCUUUUGGUGAGCUGGACAAGUUUCUCCGAAAGAUUUUAUUUAAGGUGCAUACUGCAACGAAAAAAUAAUCGGCAACUGAAUAUGUAUGAGGUAUAGUAAAACAAAUAUAACAUGGUUUAUUUCAGGUAGACAGUC